AUGGAUUCAAUGGCAUCCAUGGUUGACCGAAAGGCUGCAGCUUCUGAUUUUGUACCACCUCCUACGACCAACAUGCCGACUCAUCGCGAAGUGCGUGCGCCGUCAGAUCCAGUGGCCGAGCGAAAAGUGCGACAGGCCAUUGAAGACGCGGCAUCGCGAAACACACAGCUUCUGGGCGAGCUUGAAGCUACAGCACAUGCACCUGGGCUUUUCGGCAACAACCAGGUAAAAAUUGAACAUGUUGACAAACGACUGGCUGAUCUCGAGCCCGAGGUUGAGAAAGCCAUUGCCACGGCCAACUCGCAGCUGAAGAGCCACAAGAGCUACAGGGACUCGGUCGCCAAGAAAUUCGUCUAUACCGUGCUGAAUAAGAAGAGUGCUUUCGAGGACAAGGCAAUGCGAGAGGAGAAGGCAUACCACGAAGUGCUUGAGAAGCGUCACAAAGUCGAAGCCAAGCUGAAUGAUCUCAAGGCGGAUAAGGCGGCCCUGACGGUCGAGAUGAAGGAUUUACAAGAGUUGGUGAAUCGACACGGCGCUGCGCACAAAGAAAUCGAUGACCUGUAUUCGCGUAUUUUCGACGGUCCCACGGCGGGAUUUGCAGACGAGGAUGAACAGGAAGAGUCACACAAGUUGGCCAAGUUGGCCUUGCAAGAGAGGACUGAAGCACUUAAGGCGGCCGUGCGAGGCGUCAGAUCCGCUCAAGCUGUCAAGGUGGCGAUUGAACGUGCCCUGUUUGAGAAACAGCGCGCAGUUUUCGAGAACCACUCAGAUAUAUUCUCACAACGUGGCGUCCAUACGAUUCUGAAACGCUGUGUUGCAUAUAUCAACCGCGGACUUGAGCUCUGCACCGAUGCAAUCGAAGCAAUACAGGAACCUCCUGGACCUGAUCUGAUACAAGCUAAGAACGCUCUUGCUCAACUUUUUGUCAGUGCGAGGGCGGCAGCACAAGAGCGAUUCACUAGCAAGUCACAAAAUACCGAACUUUUGGAAAGGCUGGGGGCCACAUUGGCGAAAGCGCUGGAUGCUCAGAAGCAGUAUGUUGAGGCCAUGAAGACGGUUAGCGCAUCGAGAAGAGAGUCUAUUCGAAGGACAGCAAGAGCCUUGGAAGACGAGCGACGUGGCUUACAACAGAUCCGACAGAGCGCAUUCGAAACUACUGUUGGCUUCGGUGCCGCGGCUCCUGCAUAUCACGAGUGUUGCGAUCGAGCUCCUGGGUUUGAGCAAGAUUCUAAUGAGCAAUCCGCAUCUAUUUCUGAGCCAGAAGUCCUGGAGAUUCCUGAGGACGCAGAACCUCCUCCUGAUUACAUGUAUUCCGAAGACGGGCAGGCACCCAAAGCGGCAGAGGCAGAACCAGGAUCUAGCUCUCAGAGCCAUGGCUCUCCAUAUGGCGGGGAAGCUACCCAUUCCAACCCACGGGGCCUCCAAGAGGUUACCUAACUGAAUAUGAGAUAUGAGGGCGUUGAUUAUGGCAGGCGUCUGUUUACGAUUUUGAUAUCUUUUAAUGCGGCACACGAGCCUUUUGAUCUGUUUCGCUGGUUGAUUUUCCAUACUAACGCUUUGAAUGUGCGAUUUAUUACUGCCGUGUUGUAAUCGUAAUGGCGAGGAUAUCUGUUUUUGAAUACCAUGAUGAUAUAUGGAGUUACUCGAACCUGGCUGUACCUUGACCUAGCAGAAUUUGUCUUAGGCAAAGUAUCAUCAAUACAUGUAUACACAAAGAUUGAGUUU